GGAGGUUUGAACAGCGCAUAGAGGCUAAGAGCCUUUUCUCGCAACAUGUCGUCGAUAGGCACGUUUAUGGUUCAUGUCUUCCAGCCAUAAGUUUAAUGCCUUUUCAGUCUUCACUAAAGUCUUAUCACGCAGUUGGCUCGUCACCUUAGCAGUUAUUGGAGCACUUGAUGCCAUGGUUUGACGAAUUUCUCUCUCUCGAAUCUUGAUGGCACGGAUGCUAGAUUCGUUGCAGCCAUAUUUACGUGCCACAUUGGAGACCAACAUACCGUCUCUUAAUAAGUCCAACACAGCCAAUUUUUCCUCCAGCGUUGGAACAGAUUGCUCUUUCUUUGGCUGAGCACCAGAUGAAGUAGUUGGCUUGCGUUUAGGGGCCAUGUUGUACGAAAAAUAUGUAUAGUAUCUUUAAACACUGGGAUCACACUAUGAGCGGCAUGUGGGAACUGAGACCGACUGAGGGAACAACAGAUUCACGUCUCCCAUCUCCCGCUCACUCCGGGGCAUACGCUCAUUGAGUGGAAUGAUCGGCAGAAUUGCCCGCACUAUUUACAGGUAGAAUGGCUCGUGUUUUUGUGUAUGGAACCCUUAAAAAAGGCCAGCCCAACUACCAGCACAUGUUAAAUGGUACCCAUGGAAUAGCAAAAUUCCAAGGCAGGGGCCAUACAGUGGAGAAAUAUCCUUUGGUGAUUACAGGAAAAUAUAACAUUCCUUUUUUGCUGAACAUCCCAGGAACGGGACAUCAUGUUAUUGGAGAGAUUUAUUCUGUUGAUGACCAGAUGCUGCAAUUCCUUGAUGAAUUCGAAGGUUGCCCAGACAUGUAUCAACGUACUCUAGUGAGAAUUGUAGUAGUAGAGUGGGAAGGUAAAAGCAGUGCACCUGAAGAGAGGCCAGCUGUUAACAGCAUUAUGGAAUGCUUUGUGUACAGCACAACUACCUACCAGCCAGCGUGGAUAAAUCUCCCGUACUAUGACAAUUAUGAUUCCUUAGAGAAUCAUGGUCUUCAUUAUGUGCUACGUGAAAAUAGAGAUUAAAAAUGGAAGGUAACACAAAGUAUUAAGAAAAUGCACUAAACACAUGUUGAUCACAAGCCUCUCUCAAGUAAAUCUAGAAUACUUUUACUGAAGCACCUAAGACCUUUUGUAACCUUUCCAACCACAAAAUCAUUGCAUCUCUAUGGUAAUAAUGAUAGAAUCAGACUCUGAUGCCAAGUCUGGCAAAAUUUUACUUAUUCCCUCAGACAAGAUGAAUAAUAGUAUUUUACUCACCGAUCAAAAAUAUUGUUUGGGUUUUUUCUUUCUUUUGUAAAAUCAAGGUAAAAGGGCAGCUGAGUAGAAGGGUUCUUCACACUAACUGGUAAAGCUGUAGUGCUUCUGCAACAGCAGAUAAUGAAAUGUGGCUGAUUUCAUUAUAUUGAAAAACCAGCCCAGAUUACUGCAUGACAAUCCUGUCAGUAAAUGGCUCAAAAUAAAACAAUUACAGCUAUGGAAAAUGCUGCAAG